CAUUGUACCGUUGCGUUGUCGUUCGGUGUGUGUUUCCUUUUUUUUUUUGCGUGAAAGUGACAAAAGGCAAAUGGCAAAAACAAAGGGCACUCAAAUUGCCAGACGAUGCUCGGCAAAAUAGUUCAAUUCUAGUUGUUAAUUCAUAUUUCGUUUAACCGCUGUGCAAUAUAAAUCAUUAGCCAAAGAAGAGAAGAGAAAAACGGGAGAGAGUGAGCAUAACGUUGUGACGGUAGACGGCAACAGUAACGGUAACGGUAACGGAGGAUUAGAAUAUAUAGAAAAUAUCGAUUGGAGCACUGGAUCUAACGGGAAAUCGGGCCAAAAUGGUUGGCCUGCUCAAUCCGCUUAAGUAUGGCGACCACUUCUACGAGCUGUACACGAACAACACGCGCAGAAAAAUGCAACACGAUCGCAAGGUGUUAACGAAACGCAAAAGUCGGAAGGACAAGUCGGCGGCCGCAAUGGCCGCGGCAGCUGCUGCAGCGGUUCUGGAGGGGAAUGCGGGAGCUGGUGGACUGGUGAAUCCACUGGAUCCACCGCUGGUCAAGGAACAACUGAUGAUCCUGCCCUCGUUUUCGGUGGCGCACAUUGAACUCGAUCCGAAUGCGUCCAAGUUCGCGGUCUUCUCGGCCAUUCGAUCCACGGUCCUGGAGGCAGAGACCCGCUACUCCCUGUUCCAUGAGGGCGGAGCAGCCGGUGGCCCGGGAGGUUCGAGUCUGAAGAAGUGGAGCAAUAACCUUAACUCAGCCUGCUGCAUGAUGUGUGCCCACAGCUGCAUGAUAAGCAACCUUCUCGAUUGCUCCUGCCACGCCCACUUGGCCAUGCACGGAGCCGUUGGGCCUGGCAAUGCCGGACCUGGUGGACCAGUUGGCGUCAUUAUCGAUGGCCGGGUACCGGCUCCAGUGCCGGUGGUGGUCGGUGGACCCGGUUUGCCAGCAGAGAAGCGACCACGUCGGGAUAGCGCCAACAGCGAUGCGGAUUCGGACACGGAGGAGCCCACCGAACGGGAGCCCGUCUACGCUACAGUGCCGCUGAUUGUGGGCGCUGGAUUGCGCAGUCUCUUCGAGCUUAUCGCCGAUGCCCGGCACGUUCAUCCGCUGCUGUGCACCAAGGCAUUGAAGGCACUGCUGGACGUCAUCCAGGGACAGCAGCCGGAGAGUUUCAAGCUGGAACCGGAGGAGCUAAUCAUUCCGCUGUACGAUCUCCUACUCGAUUUGGCCACCAUGCCGGCCGCACUCAAUUCGGCCACCGGUGCGGAGGCCAACUGGUCGGCCAUGGCCUGCGCUGCGCUCCUGGGACUUUGCAUCGCUCGCGGUGAUACGGGCAAGAUGCUCAAGGCCAUUGCCGCCAUGCUGAUGACGCCGCGUCAGCUUUCCGCCCAGAUUGUCCAGCUGCCGGUGGUACUGGCCACGUUGCAGCACACGGUGAUCAGUGCGGCGUUGAAUAAGCCCACCAGGCCGGAUUUCCACAGCCACGGAGUGCCGCACAACUCGCUGAUUGAUGAGUUUCCUCUUAAGCUGCCGCCGUUGAGCACAGGUGCUCCCAUCACCUCGCCUGCAAUGGCCUGCGAUGGAGUGUUUGUCUAUCUACUCUAUGGCGGAACACUGCUGAAGAUCGGCACUGGCUUUGGAGGAUCCUACAAGGGUCACGUCUAUGCCCAGAAUGAGGACUUCAGCCACGAGAGGAGCGCCUGGCUGGGCUACAGUGGCGGGCAGCUCUACUUUCGGCGCACCUGUCGCCGCAGUGCCGGUGACCAACUGCAAAUGGUGGGCCUGGACACGCUGGCCAUCAAGGCGAUGAGUCCCUUGAGCAUGCUGCAUAUGCGCGAAGGACUCAACUACGUGCUCUUCACGGACGACGACUCACUGCACGCCAUCUGCAGCAAUCGCGAUGAUACACUGGUGGUGAAGAAACUGAAUCUGUACCAUAAUAGCUACAACAUUGAUCCGCCGCCCUUUGAACUGCCGCUGCAGUUGGCGCGCAAGAAGUUCCGGACCUUGGGAUACGCGGCCUUCGAGGAUGAGCUGCUCAAUCAGUAUCAGAUCCAGCGCAUCCAGUCGGCCCACAAUAGUUUCGAGCCAAAGCUACCCGCUCCCUGCCGAGAUGCGGAUGUGGAUGUAAUGGGCAUGGCCUGCGGCAAGGAGUUUGGCUUGGUGCGGGCCAGUAAUGGUCGGGUCUACUAUUAUGGAAAAUCAGCUGCCCUCGGAUUGAAGUGCGUGGGUCGCACGCCGACACUCAAGCUCACCGAACUGGUCAUCUCGAAGGCGGCCAAUAUUGUCCAUGUGGCCGUGGGACAUGAUGGCAUUCAUUCACUGUUGGUCAACGAUGAUGGCACCGUUUUCUUUGCGGGUACAGCUCGGCGCGGUGAAGAUGGAGAUAGCAGCAAGAACCGUAGGCAACCGAAGGCGGUUAAACCGAAGAAGAUGACCAAAAUCGAUGGCCAUGUGGUGGUGCAUGCCGCCUGCAACAAUGGCACCUCUGCAUUUGUCACCAAAACCGGAAAGCUGAUCAUGUACGGCAAGGAUACAGCCCACUGCGAUGCCAUGGGUUUCGUUAGUGAGCUGCUGGACCAGCAUGUGACCAAGGUGGCGCUGGGCAAGGCGCAUUGUGUGGCCCUAAAUGCGAAGGGGCAGCUUUUCUCGUUCGGGCUGAACAACAAGGGUCAGUGUGGCAGGAUAUUCAACAAGUUGCAGCCGGUGAAGGAUGUGCCGCCAUUUGCCUCAUCCUCAACGGCAGCCGCCUGUUUUGCAUCCCUGCUGCCGCUGGACAAGCGCCUCAAGCUGGACUUCUCCACGCUGUGCGACUACGAUGAUCAUAAUCUGGUGCAGGGUCAGUGCCGCGUGUGCGUCAUCUGUCGGGAAUGCACGGGAUACAAUAUUAGCUGUGUCUCCGCUCUAAAUGUACCACUGGAUCAGCGUUUGGCGGGCAGUAUAUGUCCCUGUGGCCACGGCGAUGCGGGCUGUGCCAAGUGUGGACUGUGCGCCGCCUGCAUUGCCCUCCAGGAUAGCGAUGAGGCCAAAACGGAACUGAAACCUCCACCAAGUGACGUACAACAGCGCCAGCAGCGCUCCAAAACCCUCAUCAUGCGUCGCAAAGAGCGCAAGGGUGAACUGGAAACAGGAGCCGCCGGAGGUGGAGCUGCCACGCCCACUGACCUGGACAAGGAUCCGCCUCGAGUGGCUCCGCUGGCGCCGCAGCUGCUGCAGCUCACCAGCUCAUCGCCUGUGGUGCAGGUGGCUUGUGGCUUGCACCAUACGGUGGUGCUCACCUUGGCCGGUGAAGUCUACACUUUUGGCAGUAAUCAGUAUGGUCAGUUGGGCAGUGGUGAUCUGCAGCCGGUGAGCGGACCAGUUCGGGUCCAGGUGCCUGGUGCUAUCAGUCAAGUGGCCGCUGGGAGCAACCACACCGUACUGCUGACAUCAAAAGGAAUGGUCUACACGUUUGGCAAUUACCAGAAGGGGCAACUGGGACGGCUGCCCAGUGAUUAUGGAUUAAAGCCACCGCCCCAGGAUGAUGACUCUCCGGUGGGACCUGGAUCUGAUGGUGGAGCAGGAGGAUCGCCAACAGUUGCGCCAGUGGGAAUGCCUGGACCGGAGCGAUCCCAAUCGCCAGGCAACGUGCAGCCCAGUGGCUCCAAGGAGAUGCCUCCGCUGCUGCCGGUGCUCACCCAGCGUCAGAAGUUCCUGUGGAAUUGUUCACCGGGAGCCGUCUUUGGCUUGGGUCCUUGUUAUGGCAAGAAGGUAACCUGGAUUGGAGCCAAUGGAGAUCAAACCUUUAUCAAGAUCGACGAAUCCCUGAUCACGGCACAAAUGCUGCCCAAGAUGCAUGUGGUGGCCAAUAAGAAGACGAUAUUGCUCAUCCCCAGCAUUCCGCUGUCCUUCCACACGCUCUCCAUAAAUCGGCGGGAUGGCAGCUGUACUGCCCAUUAUCGUGGACAAACCAACUUCGUGAAACUGAUGCAAGCACAGCCGGAGCAACAGCAGCCGGAGAUUAACUCCAAUUUGGAUGUGGCCGUGACUCCAGUUGCGGAUUCACCCGCAAAUGCCUCCACUUCGUCGCUUAUUACGGCCUUGACGGGCACAGCCACGGCUGGAGUGCCCAUCAAUGAGCAGAUGUCCCGAAGCAUGCACGAGGGCAGGAAUCAGAUCUUUGAGGAGCAGCAACCGGAGGUGGCAUCAUCUGCUGCAGCAGCAGCAGCAGCAGUAGUAGCUCCUGGAACACCGGUAUCAGCGGGUUCUGUGCCAAGGAGUCGUCGUGGUGGCAAGCAGGGUACCAAUUCACCGGAACCCAUUCCAUCGCCACCGCAACUGGCCUUCACCAUGGAUCCCACCUACAAUGUUCUCUGGGUUUUCGAUGGAGCUGCUCGGAAACUGCGCUGCCACAAUGUGGUGGCCAGUGACAUCAACGAGAGCGAAGCGAACGCGGCUACUUAUCGAUCAUUGCUCUCGCCGGAGUUAUCUUUGCCGGAUCGGGUUGAUUCUCGUGUGGCCCGCUCACAGGCCUCCCUGAACUUACUCGCCUGUCUCGACAUCCUCACCUCGGCGCAGGACAACAUACCCGGUUGCUUCGAGCAGCCGCUGUUGAAGCAAACCCAACAGACGGCGGAGACGCAGGCGGGUGAAUUCCAGGUAGUCAACCGGUUCGAUAACUUUGGCGGCGGUUGGGGCUACUCCGGUCAUAGUGUGGAGGCCAUACGCUUCUCGGCGGACACCGAUAUUGUGAUCUGUGGGUUCGGCAUGUUCGGCGGUCGCGGCGAGUACAGUUGCAAGCUAAAGCUCUUCGAUUUGGGCGGCGAUGGUGGUGGCUACGAGAAGGAAGGCAUCCUGAUUAGCGAGACCAAGGAGGUGCCCUACGAGUGCGGUGCCAGGAGCAAACAUCACAUUCUUCUGCCCAAACCGGUCAGUGCGGUAGCUGGCAGAUGGUAUUUGGUGUGGGCCCGGAUUGCAGGACCCUCCUCCGAUUGCGGAUCCUGCGGUCAGGCGUCCGUGACCACCGAGGAUCAGGUGGUUUUCUCCUUCAAGUCCAGCAAGAAGGCAAACAAUGGCACCGAUGUCAACUCCGGCCAGAUACCGGCCAUUCUGUACCGACUGGUCACCCAGGAUUGCAAACAGACGCCGGCCCAAAUGGACGCCGAUCCUGUGCAGCGUAUUUCCCGGGCCUUUGCCAACAGUGUGAGUCGUGAGUGCUUCGAAAGCCUGGUGGUUCUGCUAAGCUGGUCGUGGGAUUGCUUCAAGCUGCAGCUGCGCGAGGAGCGCGAUCGCUCCCGGCCACUGCAGCUGCAACAGUCGCUGCAGUACCUCGGCUAUGUCAUCAAGUCGUGUCUGCGCCUGCUGCGCAAGUACACAAACGAGAUUUACCCGCAGCGGAGCUCCUCCACAUCGCUGGCAACGGGCGUUGGUGGAUCCAAUGCAGCCCAUGGUAGUGGCGUAGUGACCACUACCAAGAUGGUUCCGUCUAAGGCAAACAAAGACAAGAAUGCACCGCGCGUGGCGGGCAAUGCAGCCGUAAUGGCCAAGUACUUUGGUGACCCCUCGCCAUCGGUUGCCCCAGCCAUGAUAAGCAGUGCCAGCAGCAGCGGAGGAGCACCAUCCACAUCGGCCUCGGCAGCGGUGGCACCUGGCAGCGGAACUCCCGUCACCCGGAAGACCAACAUGGAGAACAUCCAACUGGCGGAGUGCAUCGGCAAUGUAAGAGCUCUGCUUAUUGGCAUCUUUUGCGAUGACAUCUUCAAGGAUAUUGCCACAGAUGAGGGCUAUGAACUAUCGCUGGAGAUCCUCGACGAGUGCCACCUGAGCUUUGUGGCCUGCUUCGAUGCAUUCUACCCGACGUCCUCGUUGAAGUGGAACUGCCUGUGCGAUCUGCUCGCCCAGAUGGAUCGGGGAGCCUUGCAUUCCCGCCUGCUCAGUGCGAUUCUUGCUGGAUUGUGCUCACCAUCGGUGAAACUCAGGGCCACUUUCUCACUGCUAAGUGCGGCUGGAAACGAACGCCAGUCGAUCAUCAGUCCCAGCGACAACUCUGGCUUGCCCAUGCUCUCCUCCACGGAUGCCCAUCCGUAUCCGGUGCUGGUGGAGCAAAUGAUCUAUCGCACGCAGCAGGAGAAGAGUGAUUUCCUGAGCAAUUCGUGGACAUUCAAGGAUGUACUCGUGCGACUGCUGGACAUUAUUGCCAGUCCCAUACGUUCCCGCAUUGAGGCGAUAUACAGCCGGAGCUGUCUUGGCGGCAGCUAUCCCGGAAGUAAAGAGUGUGUGAAUCAAGGCCUGAUUGACAACUGUUGUCAUCUGCUGGCCAGAGUUCUGGCCGAGAUUGUCUACCAAACGGCGAUGGGUGAAUACGACAAGCUGUUCAUGCCACCCAGAACCCUCCAUUCGACGGGUGCUCGCUUUGCCCGCUGCGAUGUGAGUAGGACCUGGAAUACCGGAAACUUUGGACCCGAUGCCAUUGCCUUCGCCGUGGAUCGACCUGGUGUGGCCAUAGCUGGCGCCAUGGUUUACUCGGGAUCCGGUAGCUAUGACUAUCAGUUGGAGUUGCUGUACGAUAAUACGGCGGAUCUGCAGCCGCAGCACAAGUGGGAGACCCUGGAGUCGGUGUCCGGUAGUUACGAUCAGGAUGCGGUUCACAACGAUCUGGCGGAGAUUAAAUUCGACCAUCCGGUGCACAUCAAGGAGAAUGCACGCUACGCCCUGCGGCUGUGCUCCCAAGGAGCAAGAACUUGCUCUGGCGAUGCGGGAAUGCCAGCGGUUCGAGGACCAUGUGGCGCCCAGUUCCACUUCUAUGCCUGUGAUCUUAGCUUCAAUGGAACCACUCCAGCCAGGGGUCAAUUGCCAUGCAUUCUGUACUAUAGCACGCCAAUGAAACAGGAUGGAAACUCGGCCAGCGGACGAACGGGCGAUGCCACUAAUGUGGCCGCUCAUAUGGAGGAUCGCAUGAUGCUUCUUGGACCACAUGAGGUAUCCACCCGCGAUACAGCCCUGCAAAUCGCCGCUGAUAUAACCAAAAAGUGCACUGAACUGUUGAUAUUGGCACGCAAUGCAAUGGCUGCAUCUUGUUCGCCUUCGGAUAAUAGUUCCAAUCACACUCAGACCAUCGAUUCCGAGCACAAUAUCACACCCAUCGAGGAGCACAUGGACAUCAAUUGGGCGAACAAUUCCAGGACAGCUGCCCUGCCAACAGCCCUAGAUCCGCAGCUGUCCACGGCCAGGGAUUUGGGCAAACGCAUUGAGUCAUUCAGCAAGGGUCUCAUGGAGACCCUGAAGUUCGACAAGCGUUCCACGAAUCCCUUCGAGAUGGAAAUUGAGAUCGGCGCCACCGAAGUGGAGGAAUCGGCGGAUCUGAGAAAUGGCCAAAGCCAGAGUGUAAGCCAGAGUCAGAGUCAAAGUGUUCCGAUAAACGGCAAUGAACGUACUACAGACUUUGAGUUCGCCGAGCAACCAGCUCAACAGUCAAUGCCCCAGCAUCUGCACUCCGAUUCGGAGGAGGCUCCACUGGAGGUGGCCGGCAUGGCUGCCGGUUCCGGUGCUAGUGUCGCCGAUGGAUCUGGCGGAGUGGCAGGAGUGGGCAGUCAAGCGGCCGCAGUGCAGCUGCUGGAGGUAUUCAAUCUGGCCGCCUCCAAUAUGUUCCAUACGUUAUUGCCACUGGUCUAUGCACACAUCGCCAAUCUGGCCUGCAGUGAUCCAAAGAGUUCCGUCCAGAUACUGGGUUUGAUCAAGGAGAUACUGCCGCACAUCGCUGCCCUAAAUCAGUUGCACGUGUCCAAGGAUCAGCGGCAACCGGAGCCGUCUCUUUUUGCUACCCAGACCUCUGGGUCUGGCAAUUCCAAUUCGAGCAGCACCACCAGCAACCACUAUUGUGUGGUGGAGAGUGAUCAUCCGUACAAGAGUGCCAGCAUUAGUAGCUAUCGCGUGGAGUUUCCGCCCUGCGUGCAGUGGCUAACCAUCGAGUUUGACCCGCAGUGUGGCACUGCUCAGCUGGAAGAUUACCUGCUCCUGUCGAUUCCAAUGCGUCCAGCAUCGCAGGCGCCGCCAGUCCCACAUGUGGAUGACUAUCUGGAGCAGGCGGAUAACAAUGUGCAUGGUGCGGGCGACAGGAGACGCACCACAGGCGGUGGCAUCGCCGGAAGUGGAGCAGCGCCGAACACACACCAACGCUCCGCCAGUGUCCAGUUGACCAUGGCCAGUUGCUGCCGCAGUCCAGGUGGUGGAAAUGCGCCGGGCUCUGCUUCCGCGCCCAGUUCCACGCCUCUGCGCAGCCAGGAUCCCAAUGACAGGGAGUGGAUUGUGGUCAAGAAGUUCAAUACUGCUUCCACCUGGCUGCACAAUGUCCUCAUCCUGCCCGGCAACUGCGUGGAGUUCUCCCUGGAAACAGCCUCACUUUAUGCCCAGGAUCCGCACAACAAUCGCUUUGGCUUCAAGUGUCUAGUCGUGGGCUACGACAAUCCCACAUCUAUUAAUGCCAGCAAUUCGUGUCUGAUACGACUGGAGCAGGAGUUGGCCUAUUUGGGUGGCAUGUGCAGUGCCAAUCUGAUGAAGAAGGAGCUCAAUCUGCCAGAUGACAAAGACGUGGAGGACAUGAGCGGCAUUGAGGAGACCAUCAACACUCAUCAUACCCUGCUCUCUAAAGGAUUUGCCCUAUCUGAACCCCAGUUGACCGUUCACCAGGCUUUGGAAUCCUAUUUGCCCAUCGGAUCGCAGUCAAAUGAGCGGCAGUUCCUUAAGGACUUUAUCAGCGGUGCGCCAGGAUCGUCGGGCGCCCGUUUGGCCGCCUGGUUGCAGCCGGAGUCUAGACUGGAUCCCAAUAAAUGUGAGCUGAAUACCAUCACGGAGCCGCUGCGCUACGGUUGGCCCUCCCAGGUGACGGUCACCAUACGGGAUCAGUAUGGGGAUGCGGUUUUGGUGCCGGAACUCAAGGUUGAAAUCAAGGCGAUACCCACGGGCUCGGGUCCGAAUGGCAGUGCCACCGGAACGGGACCGUCCGGCACAUCAGCAGCCGGAGUUUCGGCAACCGGUCCAAAUGUCUGGAUGCGUCGCUCCUCCGGUGACACGUGGGGCUGGGGCGGAAUGGCGCCACCACCGCGUCUCAACUACGAGCCCACCUCCAAGGAGAAGAUGGUCUUCAAGGCGAUUACCUUCAUGAAGCCCUACACCAACUACUCGUUCGAGGAGCUGCGCUAUGCGAGUCCGGUGCAAACACGAGUCACGGAACUGCUCAACGCCAAGGACAUGGAGGAUGGCACCUUCAGUGUCCAGUGGACGCCCAGCUCGGUGGGCGCCUACUGCCUGGCGGUAACCAUCGAUGGCAUACCGCUGGAGGAGGUCUACCGCGUGGACGUCAAGGAGGGCAUCCUCCCACCGCCCACUCAGAGGAGCAGCGCGCAGCGAAGGCCACAAGCGCCCAGCAAGCUGCGCCGCUUUCAGGCUCGUCACAGUUCAGGAUUGCGGAUACGAUCGCAUCCCACGCUGCAGUCGGAACAGGUGGGCGUGGUGCGGGUGGGCGGCGUGAUCUCGUUCAUCGAUGAGAUUGAGAACGAUGAUGGCGUCUGGCUGCGGCUAUCCACGGAGUCCAUACGGCAGCACUGCACCAUGGGCUGGUAUCCGACGGAGGCGUGGUGUCUGCAGUUCAAUCAGCACCUGGCCAGGAUGCUGCUCCAGCCAGUCACCGACAAGGAGGUGAAUCCCGUGCGAAAGGGCGCAACGGCCGAGGAAGAGGAGGAGGAGCAGCCGCCUGUAACACCGUCAGCUAGUGGCGAGGCGAGUCCCGAACCAGAACCGGAUCCCAGUCCAGUCCUAAGUCCGGCCAAGACCAAGCCAGGACGCUUCCUAGCCGGUCACCAGUCCACAAAUCCCUUCCUCUAUCCUGCGAAGCACAUCGAUCUCGCCGAACGUGAGGCCCACGUGCAGGAGGAGCACGAGAAGGAGGAGGAGCAGGUGGGGGAUGAGGAUGCCGAUGCUCGGGAGCCGGAACAGGAGGCACUGCCCGCCGUUGAACUACUGCCCGCCCACAUAGGAUCCGCCAUAGCUGGCGUCGUGGGCGGUGGAGCCAUCAAGCUGCAGGCCCUGCAGAAGUGGUUCAAGGGCGACGCUGUCGAUGGAUCCCAGCCCCUAACGCCGUCACAUUCGCCACCACUCGGCGGCGUGUCGGUGCGGGAGCUGGUACGAGCGAUGGGUGGUCAGGACUCGCCGCGCGGCAAUGGCAAUCGCAGCCAGCAGGAGCAGGAUCCGGAAUUCAGUUUGGCCAGCAUGAGGAGACCCAACUAUUCGGCCAGUCAAACGGCGGCGCUGCUUUCCACACCGAAACAUACGCCCAAACGAAGUGCCGUUGUGUCCAGCGAAACCAGUGGCCUCGAGGAUGAGCUGAGCCUAUUGCAGAUUACCACAACGACGACGGGUCAGGGGGAGCAGCAAAGCGAACUGCAGUUGGCCACCACUUCCACUUCCACUUCCACUUCCGCUUCCACGGCUUGCAAGCGGAACGCCAUGGGUCCAAUCAAACGGGCAAUGCCUCCUUCAUUCGCGGAGAGCAUCCGUGCGGUGUUUGCUGCCCUCCUUUGGCACGAAGGCGUCGUCCACGAUGCAAUGGCCUGUGCCAGUUUCCUCAAAUUCCAUCCCGGUUUGCCCAAGGAGGGCGCCACCGUGGUCACGCGUCGCGGCGAGGCCGGUGAUCCUAGGUUGCAGUUAUCGCGGGAGCAGAAGGCCCAGCAGCGGCACUCCGUGGAGGUGGCCAAUGCGGGUAACUAUCUAAACAUCCGGCCGAGCACGUUGGAAACCCUCACCAAGAGUGGCAACUGCUCGCUGCACAAUCGCAGCAAGUAUCGGAAGAAUCUCCUUAGCGGAGGUGGCGGUGCAGCCAUCAAUUCCGGCGAGGAUCCAGCCCAGAAAUUGCAAGCUCUGCCCGAAAUGGUAAGCGUUUUGCCGCCGGCUCUGCGAUGUCUUGUCUAUCUGUGGGAGCAGAUCUGCUCCGGUUGCGUUCAAAUUGUACAGUCGAAUGCCUUGGAGCAGAGGGAGCCCCGGCUGCUCUCACCCGGCGGUCGAGAUCUUAACGGAGAUGCAGACACCGAGGGCAAGGAGGGCAAGAAUUCGGACCAGGGAUCCGGCGGGGAGAAAGAUCUGGGCAGGAAAUGCAAGCGCAAAAAGAAGGACGACGGCAGCUGGUGCGAAAUCUGCGAACUAUUCCUGCCCAUGCCCGUGACCUAUCACAUGAGGAUUGCCCAUCCUGGCUGCGGGAAAUCGGCCAAAGGCAAGGGCUACAAUUCCGUGGGCAUCUUCUGCGAGGGAUGGGCUGGCAAUUGCGGUGAGGGUGGCAAGGGUGCCUCAUCCUGGUUCCUGAUGUGCGAUCCGUGCCGCGAUCGUUAUCUUGCCUCCUGUCGCAGCGCCAACAACAUCAACAGUGCCGCCCGCCAACUGGAGUCCAGUGCCGCCGAAGCAGGAAACGAACUGAAUCUGUUUGGUGUGAAGUCCACCACAUUGAUAGCCAAUGCUGAGGUGUACACGACGAUGCGAGAGAACGCCACAUUCCUGCUGGAGCUCUGUUCCAGUUCCAGUUCGGCAGCCGGAGGAGCAGGUAGCCUGGCCGCCAAUAGCUCCAGCUCCAAGCGCUCCCCACAGCAAAUGUCCGUGGUGGCCAUGCCCGUGGUGAUCGAACACCAGCUGGGUAACUCCGAUCUGAAGCCGAGCACCAGUCGUUGCAGCCGUAUAACUCGAUUGAGUGGCUCCAAAUUUGGUCCAGGUGUGGGUAGUGGAGCAUUCCGCAAGAGCUUUGUGGGUGGCCCACCGGUGGCGCCGGAGAACGUGUGGCUGGCGCCGGAAAGCUUCGCGUGCUUGGAGUGCCUGGGUACGGCUGGGCACGAGGAUCUGCCAUACGAAAUGUUUGGUUUGGGGCCCAACUCGAAUGAUAAUGGCUACGAUAGGCCGCUGUCGGAGAUAUCCUACGAGUCCUGCGAACCGAACAACUACGAGUUGCUGUCUGGCUCUUUGGCGCCAGGUACCACAGCUGCCGGCUCAGUGGGUGGUGGCAAUCUGUCCAAGUUCCAUCGCAGCUACUCGAUGGGCCAGGGCUGGGCAUCGCUGGCCCAGCAUAACCAUCCGCAACCGCACCACCCACAGCAGCAGCAGCCGCAUCACCAGCAGCAGCAGCAUCAGAUGCAUCUGCAACUGCAGCAGCACCAAGCGCCACCGGUGGAGGGUCAACCAAAAGUGGUCUACAGGCGAAGGAAUAACUCUACCAGCGAAGGUGAUGGAUCCCUGUUGAUUUGUUAUCCCUCGGAGCAUCUGCGUCGCCUGGUGCCGCAAAAGCUGCUGGCCAGCGUUUCCGUUAUGCAGACAGCUAGCGGCGACGGCAGCGGCAAGGAUCACGCGUCUGGCACGCUGGGACUGGAUCAGUCAGCUGGCCAGAAUGGUGGCGGCAACCUACUGCUCACCCGUCCCGCCAUGGCGUUCAUCACUCAGAAACACGAACUGGACCGACUGAGGGCAGCCAUGCGUAGGAGCUUGAGAAUCGCUGCCUGCAGGAUUUAUGCCCUGCAAGCGCUUAACUGGCUCCUGCGCAGUGUCACCCAGGGUGUGUGCCUGCACGAUCUUAUGUGGUGGUUUGUGAGCUCCCUGAAUCCCACCGGUGGCCAUCAGCCAGAGGGACGGGGCGACGAGGCCUCCGAACCUGCACUGGAACAUCCGGUUGCCUAUACCCAGAUCAGCGGCAGAUUUGCCCAUCUAAUCACCCAAUCCCUGCACGUGCUUUUGCAAUCGGUGGCGGAUCUAACGCUCCAUCUGCCGCUCGGAUCGCCAUUGCAACGGGUGGCUAUCCAGUGCUUUGGCAUUCGUUUUCGCCAGGCGGAUCAUCAGUUCCUGCAUAGUUCGCAUGUAUUUGGAAACAUCUCGAAGAUAUUGUCCAAGUCGGAUGAGCAGAACGAUGCCAUGGCCGUUUCCACGAUACUCAAACCUGACUGCGAUGCGGAGCACAAUCAGUUGCAUCCGGCUGCGACGACGGGCGGUACGUCGGGCGCGGGAGCACGGCUCCUUUGCUAUACAGAUCUGUCUGGAAUGUUUGAGGUCACCGUGUCGUCGCGCCCAGCCAUGGCGGAAUCACUGACGGAUAACUCGACGGAAACAUUUUGGGAGAGCGACGAGGAGGAUCGCAACAAGUGCAAGAUCAUCGAAUUGUCACUGACCAAGCUGAACUACGCCUGUCGCUAUCUUUUGGUGCACAUCGACAAUAGUCGAGAUAUUCAGAACAAGGUGCUCAACGUGGUGUUCUAUGCCGGCCAGUCGCUGGGCGACACGAAUGUCAUCAAGUCGGCGGAUGUGGAUCCAAAGGCCUGCUCCUGGAUAUCGGCGAAGAUCUGCGAUGACAGCUGUACGCAUUUCCGUUUGGAGCUCCAUGGACCGGAGAACACGCUGCGCGUGCGCCAAAUCAAGUUGCUUGGCCUGCCCAUAGGAGGAGCAAUGGGCGCCGAGGACCCAUCGGAUCACAAGCACCAGCCUCACCUGCGAUUAAGCCAUGCCUCUCGCAUCCAACAGCAGAUUUGUGAGGCGGAAACCCUGAGAGUUUUCCGAUUGAUUACCGGCCAAGUAUUUGGUAAACUGAUCAGUAAUGUGAGCUCGGAUUUGGUGCCACCGGACUCGGCUGGCAUAGGACCUCCAAGUGGCGGAGCACAGAGUACCUCCCUUCUGGCCGAUUCCCUCGAUCUUAGGGAGCACAUGGUGGGCAUUCUGUUCUCGCGUAGCAAACUAUCGCACCUGCAGAAACAGGUGAUCGUCCACAUCGUUCACGCCAUUCGCAAGGAGGCGCAGCGAGCCAAGGAGGAUUGGGAACUGGCCAAUCUGGCGCACGUCCUGAAACAGUCACCCCAACAGCAUUCCGCACCCGCUCCUGCCGCUUCCGCCAGCUGCGAGAGUACGCCGGAGAGGAGUCGAGCGCCGGAUACCUAUUGCUUCGAGAUGCUUAGCAUGGUGCUGGCUCUGUCGGGCAGCGUAGUUGGUCGCUCGUAUCUCUCCCAGCAACAUGGUUUGCUCCGGGAUCUCCUGGGACUCCUGCACACCGGUAGUGAUCGCGUCCAACGACAGGUUACGGCUCUGUUACGCCGCAUUCUUCCGGAAAUAACACCCGAGAGCUUUGCAGAGCUACUGGGAGUGCAAAGAUUACCACCAGCGGAUUAUAGUAUCGCUCAUCAGUCGGCCAGUGAUUUUGAUAUGAGCCGUCUGGGUCUGCUUGAUAUAUUCCUGGCCGUCAUUGCCAAGUCUUUGCAGUUGCAGGUGAAGGUAAAAACAACAGUUGCUUCAGCGGGACCAUCUGGUUCUGGAGGCGUAUCCGGCAGUUCAUCGGGCAACGGUGGAGCUGCUCUGAAAGCGGGACAGCAGGAGAAGACUCCGGCCUUUGUGCGACUCUGCAGCUCCCUAGAUCUCUCAGUGCAGCAGCUAAGAUCACGACCACCCACCGGUGAGCCGGGAGCCACAGAUCCCUUCCAGUUCGAUGUCUUGCCACCGAGAAAGGAAUCGAAGAGAAACCUCAACCAGCGCUGGUUCCUCAACGGAGUCAUUUCCACCAAGCAGGCGGAGAGCAUUAUCAGUCUCAUCAGAGAUUUGGCCAGCGGUAAGCUGAGCGAAAAGUGGUCACAGAUCACUAAGGCGGCCAUAGCCGAAUCUGUGUUAAAUCUGACACGGCUGGAGGAGAUCUAUCGCUCGCCAGAGCACUGCACCAAGACCUCCACGUUGUGGCUGGCACUGGCCAGUCUGUGUGUCCUGGAGCGCGACCACGUGGAGAAGCUAUCCUCCGGUCAGUGGUCCAAGUUGUGCGAUACGCGUCCAUUGUGCAGCAACCAUGACGAUGGUGAAACAGCGGCCAUUAUCCAAUGCGAGACCUGUGGAUCGCUUUGCGGCGACUGCGAUCGUUUUCUGCAUCUGAACCGCAAGACUCGCUCCCACAAGCGAACGGUGUGCAAGGAGGAGGAGGAGGCCAUCCGUGUGGAGCUGCAUGAAUCCUGUGGCCGAACAAAGCUCUUCUGGCUGCUGGCCCUGGCCGAUUCCAAGACACUGAAGGCCAUGGUGGAGUUCCGUGAUGGCAGUCACACGAUCAUCUCGGGUCCUCAGGAGGCGGUGGGCAGGUGUCGCUUCUGUGGCCUGACCGGCAACUCUGGACUGCUCGAGAUCGGCAACGUGUGUGCGGAUGCCCAGUGCCAGGAGUACGCGGCCAACUCGUGUCUAAAGACCAAGCCGUGUGGUCAUGCGUGUGGCGGAGUCACCGGCGAGCGAAAGUGCCUGCCCUGCCUGCAGCAUGUGUGCCAUACGCGCGAAAAUGAGCUGGCGGAGGAGCUGCGGGAUCCGAAGCUCACCCAGGAUGCGGACGACAUGUGCAUGAUAUGCUUCGUUGAGGCAUUGUCCUGUGCACCUUCUAUACAUCUGGAGUGCGGUCACGUGUUUCACUAUCAUUGCUGCAAGGCGGUACUGGAGAAGCGAUGGAGCGGACCACGCAUCACCUUUGGCUUCUCCUUGUGUCCAAUCUGCAAGGCGGACAUCCAGCAUCCCCUGCUGGCAGAUAUCCUGGAGCCGAUAAAUGGACUCAAACAGGACGUCAAACGCAAGGCUCUCAUGCGGAUUAAGUACGAGGGCGUGGUAAAGGACACGAACAGCAAAGACGUCAACAUGACCCAGCUGGCAAUGGAUCGGUAUGCAUAUUAUGUGUGCUUCAAGUGCCAGAAGGCGUACUACGGCGGCGAGGCGCGCUGUGAUGCGGAAAUUGGCGAGAAGUUCGAUCCGGAGGAGCUGGUAUGCGGCGGUUGCUCAGAUGUGGCCAGGGCACAGAUGUGUCCCAAGCAUGGCACCGAUUUCUUGGAGUACAAGUGCCGCUACUGCUGUUCGGUGGCGGUGUACUUCUGCUUUGGAACCACACACUUCUGUGACACCUGCCACGACGAUUUCCAGCGACUGACCAACAUACCCAAGGUCAAGUUACCCCAGUGCCCGGCCGGACCGAAAGCCAAGCAGCUGCUGGGCGACGAGUGUCCGCUGCACGUAAUGCAUCCGCCCACCGGCGAGGAGUUCGCCCUUGGCUGCGGCGUCUGUCGCAAUGCCCAAACAUUUUAGCCACACACAGUGAUGAAGCGUGAUGAUGUGUGGGAAACUCAACCGGAGUCCGAGGACGACGAUGACGAUGACGAUGACGACAAGGAUAUGGCGCUGAACAUGUGGUCGACCGUUUGGUCCCAGUCGGAUGACUCGCGGACAUAUUUGUAGAGAUUAAAAGCCCCCAAGAAGAAAAAAUGCCCCCCACACUCAGUACACAAUUGGGAUGGAUAUUACUUUCAUUCCAUUAGAUAUUAAUUCACUAAACGGAAAUGGAAUGGAAAUCGGAAAUGGAUUGGCAUUUUCUGGUAUAGCUAAUAUUUGGACGAUGGAUAUUGGAUUACAGAUUAGCAAAUAGCAAAUAGCGUAUAGCAUAUUUUUAACCCCAUGCAAUAUUAUUUUGUAACACUCGAAACCAAACCAAAUUGAAUCUCCCAUUUAAAGAUCAAAAAUUCUCUCACUAAUUAUUUAAUGUACAAUUCGGAGUCAAGCGAGCGAGUGCGAGCGAGAGAGAGAGAGAGAGAAAGAGCGAGUGCGGGAGAGAGAGCACGUGAAGUGUGUACAUAAUACUCCUGCUCCCUGACCUCUGAACUCCGUGACCUCCUCCUGUCCGCCCUCACCCACCUCUUCCUCCUCCUGCUCCUCCUACUCCUCCUCACCCUCACUCCAGCAAAGGCACAUAAUGCUACAUUUAUAUAUAUAUUGCAAAUAACUAAAUUAUAUAUUUAUUAUGAAUGCGACGAACGGAAGGAUGCAAUAAAAAUCAAUUCUGAAUGUA